AUGGUCUCAACCCAGAGCAAGCCCCAUUCAGCUGCCAGUCGAACUUAUUUACUUCUAUAUAACACUAUCGGUGCAGUGCUUUGGCUACACAUCUUAUCUAGCACAGCCGCGACAUUGAUCAGUUCUCCAAAUAUUUCAGCCGUGUACACAUCGCUCGAAGCAUGGACUCGAUGUGCCCAAAGCUUAGCUGUAGCUGAGAUACUGCAUGCCGCAACAGGAAUCAUCCGCGCCCCUGUAUUUACCACUUUUACGCAAGUGUUUGCCCGCUCCGUCCAGGUCUGGGCCAUCAAUUAUGCAUUUCCUGAUGUCACAGCGACCUCGUUGGCCUAUCCGGCUAUGCUUUUUGCCUGGGCAACAGCUGAUGCGAUCCGGUAUCUGUACUUUGUUAUCGUGUUGGCGGAAUAUCCCGUUCCACGGCCUUUGAAAUGGUUGAGAUACUCUCUUUUCAUAAUCUUGUACCCUGUUGGCAUCAGCAGCGAAUGGUGGUUGAUGUAUCAGGCGACCACAGUCACGGCAUACAAAGCUGUCGCUGCCAUCUUUUACUUCUUCCUAGGUCUUUACGUACCUGGUUGGUGA